ACAAAUAUGGCGUCGGACGUGAUUGUGAACGGCUCCGGAAUAUCGGAUCUAGACCCAUGUAUGGAACGUCUCUUGGCCCAAUGUGAGGCUAUUCCUCGAUAUGAAAUAGCAGAGAAUCUAAAUAUGGAUUAUGAUGAUGCUGCUCUCGUCGAAGGGCGUGAAAUAUUGUUUAAAAUGGCAAUGAAAAAAUUGGACUCUAAAUGUGAGGAAAUAUACGGACCAACUUCUGCCCGGGGAUCUGAGCAAACGUUGGAGUUGAAACUAAAGAAGCGCACUGGUGACAGUAAGAAGAUAAGUGUAUGUAAUGAUAUAUAUGAACUAUACAUUUAUGUGAGAAACUUAGUGACUGAUUUUCCACGGUGUGUACUUGGAUCUUCAAGUAAAAUUCCCGAACUUGUAACCCUUUCAAGUCAAAGACAGAUCCGUCCAAAUAUCGUGAUUCAACCCUCCCUCUUGGACCUUUCUGCUAAGGUUACUGAACUUUCUAUGGAUUUACGUAAGAUGAGUUCCGAAAAUGAGAAGAUAAAGAAUGAUUUACAGAGUAAAAUAAAGAGACUGGAAUGUGAGGUUACAACACUAAAGGAAAAAGUGGGACAACUGCAAGGUAGAACAUGUACGCAUAAUCUAGCCAAUAAAGCUAACGCUUCUGUGCAGGCCGGUGUUACAAGCAAUGACUUCGAAAAUAAUUCGAUUAUUUCUGAGCCAGUAAACCCGCAAGCUUCGAAUCAAUUGGUAUUAAGGCCACGAUGUCAACAAACCAUUGUAACUAAUACUACUCAGCCCUGUCGGAUGCCAAAUGCGAACUCGCGCAUUAGAAAAACAUCUGAGGUCACUAAGACCUUGAUUGGUAAUUGUGACUCACAUUCUGUGCCCUUAUCAACACCAGAUAUAACUGCUAAUAUACCGCAAGCAGUAGGGGUCGAUUCGAACGCGAAUGAAAAACAAGAUGGCGAUAUAGCGCAAACCACAUCGGAAUCACAUGAUAGGGUUGUAAAUGAUGCAUUGCGCAACGUAGACGCUCAGCUUCUAAAUCAAGAUAAGAAUGAUCAUUUAUCUAGUGACCUCCCCGAAAAUGAUUGGUCAAAAGUGACAUCAAAACGACGGAAGAGACAUUUAACGGCACCUGCUGUCAAUACGACAGUCGUGGAAACUACGCCGAUAUCCUAUGCUAAUGUGGUCUCAAAUUCGAAACCCAAAUUAUCAACGAAUGCAAGGAAUCAGCUGAUUAACAAGGCAAAUUCUACGUUGAAACCUGCUCGCUCACUUCGAGGUGUUUCUGCUGUUAAACAUGUAACACUUUAUGUUGAGAACAUAGCAAAGGAUAGAUGCGAGUCAGAUAACGACAUCAUAUUACAAAUAAAAGACCAUGCCAC